AAAAAAAGAUUUUUGAAAUAAAUAAUAAAUCAUUUUUCUCUCAACGGUCAACGACCCAGCAACAUCUCUUGUAGUCUUGUGCCACUUUUAGCUACCGAAGCCCACAGCCCAACUCUCACACACCUCUCCGAUCAACACCUCACUCACACUACCAGUCCAGCGGGAAAACCCUCCGGCGAUCAAGUUCCGGCCAUGUCCGCCGUACCUCCCACCCUCUCUCUUCUAUUCAUCCUCCUCACUCUCUCUCCUAUAACCUCUUCACACUCUCCCACAACCUGCAUAAUCGGCAGCGGCAUCGGCGGCGCCUCCGUCGCGCACUUCCUCCGUCACUACUCCCACUCCGGCCCUAUCCACAUCUUCGAGCGAAACGACGUCGUCGGCGGCCGCAUGGCCACUGUGACGAUCGCCGGCGACACGUUCGAGGCCGGCGCCUCGAUUCUCCACCCGAAGAAUUACCACGCGGUGAAUUACACAAAACUGUUGAAGCUGAAAGCGAAGAGCGAUGAGUCUGAUGAGUCGGUGUCGCUGGGAAUUUGGAACGGGAAGGAAUUUGUUUUUAAGACGAUUGAGAUUAGUUCUAGGUUUUCGAUUAUUCGGAGUAUCGUAGGGUUCGUUAAUUCAGUGCGAAUGCUGGUUCGGUAUGGCUUUGCGCUCUUCAAAAUGAAUCAGUUUGUCGAGGUUACUGUGGAUAGCUUCUUAAAGUAUUAUCAAGCAUUGGAAUCUAGGCCAAUUUUUGGAACUGUGGAGGAAAUGCUUAAAUGGGCAGGUUUAUACAAUUUAACUACUAGGACAUUGCACGAGGAAUUGACUGAUGCUGGAUUGUCUUCUUUACUGAUUGACGAGCUUGCUACAGUUAUCACAAGAAUUAACUAUGGUCAGAGUGUUAGCAUAAGCGGACUUGCUGGUGCAGUUUCCUUGGCAGGGUCUGGUGGUGGGUUGUGGGCAGUUGAAGGAGGAAAUUGGCAAAUGGCUGCCGGAUUGAUAAAUCGUUCAGAUGUUGCAUUGCAUAUGAGUGAAGAAAUAGAAUCUAUUUCUUACACCAGAAGUGCUUAUGAACUCAAUUCAACAAGAGGGAACAGUUACAAGUGUGAUGUAACUGUGGUUGCUACUCCAUUGGAUGAGCUUGAUAUAUCUUUUAACCCUGUGAUUUCGAUUCCUGAUAGGAAGUUGCAGCAUACUCAUGCAACUUUUAUUAGGGGGCUCUGGAAUCCUGCAUAUUUUGGCUUCAAUUAUGUAACUGAUAUUCCAGAAUUGGUGGGGACAAUAGAGAGUUCAGAUCUCCCAUUCACAUGCAUUUCUAUACUCAAGAAACACAGUGAGAAAGAUAUGACCUACAAAAUGUUUUCUCGGCAACCAAUGACAGAUGUGUUACUGGAUCAAAUUUUUAGUGCGAGGAAUGAGACAAUUCGGAUAGACUGGGGGGCAUACCCUCAUUACCACUCUCCUGAGAAGUUUGCACCUUUUAUGCUCGACGAUAUACAUUUGUACUAUGUCAAUGCUUUUGAAAACGCGGCCAGCACAAUGGAAACAAGUGCUGUUGCAGCUGAGAAUAUAGCACGGCUGAUCAUAUCGAGAUCUUCAAGCAAGCCGCUUUCUAUUUCAUCAGACCCUGCAACUUCUGGUUCCAUAAUAUCUGAACUUCACUCAGAUCUGUGAGUGCCUGUCAGUUCUGCUAUACAGAAGUGUGAGGACAUGUAUGUAUAAUCUUGUAUGAAAUAACUUCCUGUGUUUGCUUGUAUUUUUGUAAUUUAUGGUGCAUUUGUAAAUAUCAAUUCCGCUGCGGAUUAACGGUAUAUGUCUGAAAGUACAAGGAUUGGGAAAAUGUUGUCAAUUCUAUUUGAUUAGGGUCUGUCUA